AUGCCUAAAGAAAUAUUUGUCGGCAAUAUACCUUACGAAGCCAACGCAAAUAAUGUAGUCGACGCAUUGGAACCGCACAUCAAAGGAAAAAUUAUUAGAUGUGAAUUAAAUGAGAGCAAACAAGGAGACCCUCGAUACAUCAAUAGUGGCUAUGCUUUUGUUACCCUUGAAGACGACGAUGCAGAUGACCUGAUAAGUAAAGGAGAUUUUGAUGCACCAUUUUGCAUGAAAAGGCCAUUAACUAUAAAAGAAACUCAGAAUAAGAGAAAAAGGAGACGUUAUAUUGAAACCUUAACUAACGCUAAUGAACCAACAUACCCUGUUUCGAGUAUUGAACUUGGAAACUGGGCAGGUCAACUACCGAUAGCUGAACAUAAAAGACGUGGAAAACAUCAAUUGCCUACGCAAAAAUGGACAUUCCUAUGCGAUUGGAAAUACCCGGAAUCCCAUCGUGGAAUCCUUCUUGAUGUGCAAGAUUGCAAAGAUGGGUUCAUUUCUUUAUAUAUAUCACUUAAAUGUUCACCCAUACUUUUGCACAAAUCUAAUAAAUUUACACAAAUAAGAAAAAACACCAAAUUACUUUAUUAUACUUAUGAAGACUAUGAAUGGGUUAGAACAACUGAUUGGACAGGUUGUGCUAACGCUUUUGGAAGGUAUUUAGUAUACCGCUUGAUAUUUACUGAAAAUCUUGAUGAUAUCAGAAAAUUUUUAAAUCACAUGGCAAUCCCUGGUAUCCCAACUCGUAUUCCUAAAUGUAUAGUCUCAUGUGAGGAAACACCAAAAAAUUCAGAGAUUUAUCUUAAAGAAAUAUUUGAAGUUUUGCCAUUUAGAAUUUGUUUUAAAUUAGAAUCUUUAAUAUCACAUGGAAUAGUCACAAUAUAUGAAAUUAUGGAAUAUAAAAUUGGUGAAAAGUUGAUUAAUCUUUUUUUGGAAGAAAAGGAGACAAUAGCUUGGCAUGCUCUGAACCAGAUAACAAUUCAACACUGGGAUCCGGCUGAUGAUAGAUAUAAUAAACGACCGGUUGAGAUCUUUCAAAUUGCAUUAAACAAUUUCAGAGAAAACCAUGAUGAAUGGCAUCCGGCUAACCCAAAUAUUAAUUUUAAAGACAAUAAUCGUUGCGCUUGGAUAAAUCAUGCGACUGUGACACCAGUCAAAAUCUAUUUUAAUGGCCCAGAAUACGAAUCAUCAAAUCGUAUUCUUCGACAAUAUCCGGAAUACGUUGAUAGAUUUAUUCGCGUUACAUUUAAAGAAGAAAAUUUCGAUCGAUUAUUUAAUGAAGAUACAGAUAUAUAUGAUUUAAGAAUUAGUAAUAUAUUAAAAAAUGGGUUCAUGGGUGCUGGAAGACAGUAUGAAUUUCUUGCUUUUUCAUCUUCACAGUUACGUGAAUGCUCAUGUUGGUUCGUAGCCACGGAUAAGGAUUUUGAUGCAAAUUUGAUACGUGAAUUGAUGGGCGAUUUUAGUGAUAUUAAAGCUCCUGCAUUGUAUGCCGCUCGAAUGGGUCAAUGCUUUACCAGCACAAUCGGUACUCUAGAACUAAAUGAGGAUCAGGUAAUAAAAAUUUUAGAUAUUGAACGAAAUGGCUUUACAUUUAGUGACGGUUGUGGUAAUAUCUCACCAGGCCUUGCAAAGCUUGCGGCUAAACAUUACUGGGGCACACAACAAGAUGACGAAAUACCAUCUGUCUUUCAGUUUAGAUUCGGAGGCUAUAAGGGGGUUGUCUCUGUUAAUCCAGAUUUACAUGGGAACGUUAUAUGUAUACGCCCUAGUCAAGUAAAAUUUGAGGCACCAAUCUCGAUGAAUUUAGAAAUUGUAAAAGCAGUGAAAAAUCCAUUACCUGCGCAUCUAAAUAGACAGAUUAUUAUGUUGUUAUCUUCACUUGGAGUUAAUGAUGAUAUUUUUAUCGAAUUGCAAAAUAAUGCAAGAACAAAUAUUGAUUCUGCGAUGCGAGAUCCUCUGAAGGCUAGUGAGCUCGUGAAAAGAAAUUCGGGAACAGAGGAAUGUUCUCAUGUUACUCGCACUAUCCUUAGUAUGAUUGAAACGGGGUUAAUGGAAGAGAAUGAGGAACCUUAUUUAAAGGGACUUCUAGAAUGCAAGCGGAUAUUUUCAUUAAAAAGCUUAAGAUAUAAAGCGCGUAUUCCAGUCCCACAAGGAUACAUGUUAUUUGGAAUUCUUGAUGAAACUGGAAUUCUUGAACCUGACCAAAUUUACAUUCAGACUUCCACAAUAAUAUCCGAAAAUAACACAUUUAGUACUAGUACGGUCAACAAUAAAAUUCAAAGAAAACAUAAAGUAUUAACUGGUCCUGCAGUAAUUGCACGAAAUCCAAGUUUACAUCCUGGUGAUAUAAGAAUCGUCUGGGCUGUAGAUGUUCCGCAACUAAGCCACCUUAAAAAUUGUAGCGGUGGUGAUUUAGAUGGAGAUGAAUUUUUUGUAUGUUUCGAUGAACGUAUCUUUCCAGAAAUCGUCGAAGAACCUAUGGACUAUAGUCCUCCAAAAAGAGAAACUUUGAAUAGACCAGUGGAGAUUUCGGAUAUUCGCGAAUUCUUUGUAAAUUUCAUGAAAAACGAUCGUAUUGGAAUAAUUGGAAAUUUACAUCUAGUAAUUGCAGAUUAUCAUCCAGAGGGUGUAUAUCACCGACGAUGUUUGAAAUUGGCAGAAUUGCAUUCAAAGGCAGUUGAUUUUAACAAGACUGGUGUUCCUGUAACAGAAAAGUUACCAGUAAUGGAAGAAUAUCCAGACUUUAUGGAAAAUAAGACUAAGAUUGAAUAUAAAUCGCAAAAGAUUCUAGGCAAAUUAUAUAGAAAUAUAGAAGUUGAUCAUCCGAAAGAUGACCCAUUAUUAAAUUAUACAUCAGAUUACAUUGUUCCAAAAAAAGAAUUCCUUGCGCAAGGAUAUGAAAAUUAUUUAGAAGAAGCCGAAAUAUGUAGAGACACAUAUAACAGUGAAAUACGUAGUCUGAUGAAAAAAUUUAGGGUUAAAACAGAACCUGAAAUCAUAACAACAAAUCUUCUUGGUUUUCGCCGAGUAGACGGAAGAAAAAAUCAAGAUAUUCGUGAAUCGAUAUCAGGAACAAUUUCCUAUAUAAUUCAUAAACAUCGAAAGCAUUUUUUGGUAGGAUUACAAGAUAAUAUAGAUAAUAUUAAUCGAAAUAAUGACAAUGACACUUAUCAUUUACAUAUACCAAUCACUAACGAAACAAAAGCUAAAGCAUCAGCUUGGUAUUACGUAACUUAUAAUGAUGAUGAAUUCCCAGAUGCUAGUGAUGAUAAGAGACUGUUAAGUUUUCCAUGGACGGUCGCUGAUGUUCUUUUGAAAAUAAGAGAAGAAUACAUGUUACAAAAUAUUUUAAAUUAA